GUUACAAGCGAGCAUCUCAGGGGAUGAUGGAGCGCGUAGGAGCAUGAUGGAUCCAACGGUCCAUAGAACCUGUUCAGACCAAUCACUGAAGACAAUGAUGGAGAUAUGUGUAAGGUUUCUCCUCAAAGACCCUUUAGAACGUCCUUCCAUUGAAGAAUUUCGUUCAGUUUGCUUCUCAAGUCCAAGAAGGUUGGCUACGUAACAGCAAUCCUCCGGGCACUCUCGGCUUGCCUUCUCCUGCAGCUUCCUCUCGUUUACACAUACCAACACUCGAAUCACCACCAGAUUCAGGUAGUUUUAAAUAUGAGAGCUAAGUCUGAAUGAGUUUCUUGAUCUGAGAGUCAUAUCGUGCUUGUGUCUGUAAAUUGCAGGAUAUGAAGAGCAUGAGAGGUAGAGGAGACAAGAGUUUUGGUUUGGUCCUGAGUUCUUCUUCACUUUACUUCAACUUCUUUAUUUUGUACCUCUCUCGAUCAUCUCGAAGAAUGUAACUCAAUACUCUUCUCCAUCCAGACCAAAACGACACAGAAAAAUAAAAUAACAUAAUAAUAGAUCUGCAAGUUAAGCAAAGUAGUAAAUAUUAUUAUCCAUCGUGGAAAUUAACUACACUUCUCUCACUUGAAAUGCUUAAAAAAACUUAACAUCCUCAACGUAGUUGAGAUAGGUCUUGAGAUAACAACCCUGAUACACGUCCAUUCCUUGGACUCCAACCCUUGUGAUCAUCUUACUCUCGACAUUGUAGUAGAUGACAUAUAAAUGCUCGUUUUGGUUGCACAGGGAUAAUACGAUUUCAUUACCAAUCAUUCCAAUAAUGCGCAUGCAUGGUCUCCGUAACUAUAUUCUUCCACGAAGGUGGUAAUACGUAUACAUGCUUGGACCACUCAGCGUCUCGUAGAACCCACAGCUCAAAACUUCUACUUCUUCUUUCUAGAUUAACAUAUCUAGAAUCUCCUGAUAUAAGCAAACCUAGUUUGCCAUUGUGGUUUACUAGAGUUGGUUCUUUACAUGAAGUUCCCAAGAACUUGACAGAACUGAACUUCUCAGUCCUCAAAUCAAAACAAACGACCAUAGACUCCACGAUAUACUCCACAUUAGAUAUGCAUGGUGCGCCGGCUUUGUAGUACAAAACACCACUGAUGCAUAUAGGCAUGGAAGAAGAAGGCAAAUGACCACAGAUGUACAUAGCAAUGGAAGAAGAAGGCAAAUGAGGUAUGCAACAUUGGACCUUCCUCCAUGACAAUCUUUUAGUUCCUAAUGUCAGAACCUGGUGGUCCACAGAGAUGUAAACAUUAUUUACACGCGAAAAGGCCAUUGACAAUACCUUGUAUUCUUUCGCAAUGGGGUCAUAUCCAAGAUAGGUUUCCACUUCAUACCUCGUCCUCGACUUCAAUCUUGGUAAGGUCAAGGACUGUCCCGUGCUAAGGUUACAUAUCACCGUGACGACCGCGAUUCUUAGCUUCCGAUAGCCCAAAAAAAGCGGAUAACAUAUUUAUUGGGUAUUUGAAUUUCAGUGAAAUAAGAUAUUUUCUUUUUGUUAGGAAAAUUUUAGAAAAUAAUGGAAAUUAAAUAGCGAUUAUGUUACAAGAUACGAUUAGCAUCGGGCAGUGCAAAAUGCUAUAGCUUCCCAAGAUUUGAUCCUUUUGGGUUAUCUCGUAAUGACAAUUAGUUUAGGAUUUUGAAACUUAUAUUAAUACUAUUAUCCGACAACACUUGUUUCAGCUUCUUAUUUUAACAUUUUUUGUUUUUUUCUAUUCUUCUUCCCAUCAGCAUUUUCUUUUUAAAAAAUUGAAUACUUUAAUUUUUUAAAAAUUUCACAAUGAUCAGAUGAUAUUAUGGAAGAUCUCAAGAGUUAAAUGUAUCCAUCUUGGGGCAUUAAAACCGGUGUACGGGAUGAUAAAUACAGACUUUAUAUCAUAUGAUAGCUCAGUAAUUCAUAUUUAUCACGUUGCUAAAAAAAUUAUAAGGUACUAGUAGUCAACAAAAUCAAUUAAAGAGAAAGAAAGAAACGCAUGUGAAGAGAGUUUACAACUGGAAAAGUAAAAUAAAAAUUAACGCAUGUUGAAUGCUGACAUGUCAGUAUGUCCAUGAAUCCACGUAUCAAGCGCCAUUCAUCGAUCGUCUUCCUCUUUCUAAAUGAAAACAACUUCACACAUCACAACAAACAAUACACACAAGACCCCCUCUCUCUCGUUGUCUCUCUGCCAGCGACCAAAUCGAAGCUUGAGAAGAACAAGAAGGCGUCGAAAAUGGUUGUUCUGAGCAUGAUGGCGUUGGUAAAAACAGCUUAUUCUUUGAACAGCUUUGUCUUUGAGGCGGAAGACAUUGUAUUCGGUUCGCCUUGGUGGUUCGUCGUCGUCAGUGUGGCGUGUCUCCUCGUUCUCUUCGCCGGGAUAAUGUCUGGACUCACGCUCGGACUAAUGUCCCUUGGUCUCGUCGAGCUUGAGAUUCUCCAGCAGAGUGGCUCCUCCGCGGAGAAAAAGCAGGCCGCUGCUAUCUUACCAGUGGUUAAGAAGCAGCAUCAACUUCUUGUGACUCUGCUUCUAUGCAAUGCAGCAGCCAUGGAGGCACUUCCUAUAUGUUUGGAUAAGAUAUUUCACCCCUUUGUGGCUGUUUUACUCUCAGUUACUUUUGUUCUUGCUUUUGGAGAGAUCAUUCCACAAGCUAUAUGCUCGAGAUAUGGACUUGCUGUUGGCGCUAAUUUUUUGUGGUUGGUUCGCAUUUUGAUGAUAAUCUGCUAUCCCAUUGCUUACCCUAUUGGAAAGGUUCUUGAUGCCGUAAUUGGGCAUAAUAACACACUGUUUAGGCGAGCUCAGCUGAAAGCUCUCGUCUCAAUUCACAGCCAAGAGGCUGGUAAGGGAGGUGAACUGACACACGAGGAAACAAUGAUUAUAAGCGGAGCCCUUGAUUUGAGCGAGAAGACGGCUGAGGAGGCUAUGACGCCAAUUGAAUCAACUUUUUCCUUGGAUGUAACAACAAAGUUAGACUGGGAAACAAUUGGAAAAAUACUUUCCAAAGGCCAUAGUCGAAUCCCGGUCUACUUAGGGAAUCCAAAAAACAUCAUUGGGCUUUUAUUGGUGAAGAGUCUUCUAACGGUACGAGCGGAAGCAGAGACACCCAUAAGUUCUGUUUCCAUCAGGAAGAUCCCAAGGGUUCCGUCAGACAUGCCACUGUACGAUAUCCUCAACGAGUUUCAAAAGGGAAGCAGUCACAUGGCUGCGGUUCUCAAAGUCAAAGACAAAGAUAAAAAGAAGAGUAUGCAUUUCCUGAGUCAUGAGGAAACACCAAAAGAAAAUAUUAACUUAUACACGUGUCCUCAUUUGAUAACUCCUUUGCUUAAGCAUGAUGUUGUUGUCGAUAUUGAUAAAGCACCAAAGCAUGUGGAAAAAAGAGGAAUAAAUUUUCAACUAAACGGUAGUGUGACGAGGGACUUGCCGCGUCUGUUGGAAGAUAACGAGGAUGAAGAAGUUAUUGGCAUCAUCACGUUAGAAGAUGUGUUUGAAGAACUUCUACAAGCAGAAAUAGUGGAUGAAACCGACGUUUACAUUGAUGUACAUAAAAGAGUGCGAGUGGCGGCGGCAGCAGCAGCAGCUGUAUCAUCCAUAGCACGUGCUUCACCAGUGGAAUAUCAAAGCAAGGGAGGAGUAACGGUGAAGAAGCUUGUGGGGAAAGAAGGAAGAAGUACGAGAAACUACACAACAAAAAUCACGGAGCCUCUUUUAUCAGAAGAAUGUCAUAGAUAAAAAUUUUGUUUUAUACUUCUUUCUUGUGGUAAUUAUUACAAGGUUCAGUGUCGGUCUCAUUAAUCGUGUAUCACGUCUCUUAAACACGUACGUAUCCUGUUGUUGUAUGUAUGUUGCGAAGUUGAAAUAAUGAAGAAAAGAGUUUUCUAAA